UAAAUAUCUAUUUAUGACCCUUAUCUAAAGGUUUCUAAAUUUCAAAGCCAAAUACCCCUUAUUUCAAAUGUAGAGUUCAACCUUAAUUUGCUAGAUGAACCACUAUCUGAAAACAUAUAAAGCACUUCCUCUUUGGAGUGGUACACAAAGCACUUCUGUGCUUUCAAAUGAUUCAAAGCAGAUGGGGACAAAAAGGAUCAUUAAUGGAUUCUUCAAAUAAAGCAUCACAAGUAUAACUGUGAGACCUGUGUGGAAAAUGAGGUGGAGUGAAUUUUCAAAGAAGUUAGUACUUUUCACAGAAGUCAUUUGGCAGAAUUUCAAAUCAGCUUGAUAAUUAAGCAGCAGGUCUUUUUAAGCCCUGUUUACAUUAACAAACCUCUGUAACCAUAUUCAUACUAGGGCAAAACAUAGUACACAAAGGCUUCUCAUAGGUUAUAAUUAGUUUAGAUUACUUUCCAUUAUGUAUCAGUAAAGGCAGCCCGUGGGCUGGCUCAUGUUUCAAGUUACCCUGCUGUUCCUGUUAGCGCAGCGGUAGCUUUGGGUAAGUUACCUGCAUGACAAUAUCUGGAAAAAAACCUGCCCAACAGUGUUAACUAGUGACUUCUGCACUUUUUUUGGCCAGUGAACCUGUGCAUGCCACCAACCAUUCUUAAUAUUAAACUUUAAAUUCAAAAUAAGAUAAAAGUUACAUAAAAAUGCAAGAUUAUAUUACAAGAAAAAAAAAAGACUUUGGGCUACAUGCAAGCAAGUCUCUAGAUUACACUUUAAAAAAAAUCACUGCAUUAAACCAUAUUCUUAUGUGUACCAACACCACUGGAAAACCAGACCUAUAACGUCAGAGACUGGUAUUAACUGCUUUCCAGUCUUCAAGUUGACUUGUUUGUUGCUCUUAGCAGCAGCAUAUUUUACAGGCUGUUUAUUUGCAGGUGAUCCAUUUUUUAAAUUGCAGAAAUACUAUAUAUUUUUAAUUUUAUUUCGUGAAUUUGCUUGACAGUUGUAACAGCAAAACAGUCACACUGACACUUCUGAAGGAUAUAUUAAUCCUUUUGUGCUAUUAUCGAUUUUUUCAUUUUUAUCUGACGCAGUUUAGCACAGCAGUAUGGACACACCCACUGCAUCUAAAAGUGGAAUCUUUCUGACACUUAAAUGACAUCUUCCUAUUUUCCCAGGCUGAAAGGAUGCUCUUGACAGGAGGCUUGAAAUCUCUCCUUCCCCACGUACUAAGAAGAAUAAUUCGUUGCAACAGACUCAGUAUCAGUAAUACUUCUGGAAUGGCAGAAGGCUAUAAACAAGCUAACGUUGUGAUUUUGCACAAGUCCCUGGCUGAUGACUUUGAGAAGUUCUGUCACGCAAACAAUGGACCUCUGCCAUUGCUGUACAGAAGCAGACCAGGUGACUGGAAAUGUCCUUCUCUGAGUAGUGAUUCUGAUAUCAGAACUGACUGCCCACAGUACAGAGUGUACGAGCAUGGAGCCUUCACUGGAUCUGUAAAAAGUCUAAAGGAAUAUUCUGAACAACUUAAGGACAUGGUGACUUUCUAUUUAGGCUGCAGCUUUUCUUUUGAAAAAGCAUUCCAAAAUGCUGGCAUUCCUAUAAGAAAUGUUGAACAAGAAUGUAAUGUAAGCAUGUAUAAGACAGCUGUGCCAUGCUACAGUAUUUCUACUUUUUGCUGCAACUUAGUAGUCACAAUGAGACCUAUUCCUGAAGGCAAAUUAGAAGCAGCUGUACUAGCAACAUCUGAACUAAAAGAAGCUCAUGGAGCACCAAUUCACAUAGGUGACCCUGGUCUGUUGGGAAUACAAGAUCUUUCCAAACCAGACUAUGGAGAUCCAGUUCACCUUCACCCUGGUGAUAUUCCGGUGUUUUGGGCCUGUGGUGUAACAGGAGUAGAAGCAGUCAUCAACUGCAGAUCUCCAUUAGCUUUUACUCAUUCUCCUGGCUGCAUGUUCAUCACUGACCUAAAGAAUGACAGUGUUACAGUCGGGUCCUCAAGAGAAGUCCCACAAGUCUACUUCAUUUCACAAGAUCCUUUGCAUUAUAGUAUGGUAUCAGCAGAAGCAGCGCAAAAGAUAAAGAAUCUGGAGAACCUAAUUGGAAUAGACCCAGGAGAGCGGGGUAUAAUUCAUUUACACUGCCCGGAUGAACUGCUGAAGGCUUGCCUGGCCAUCUCCCAUGCUCGGUCGGUGUUGAUAACAACUGGAUUUCCUACCCACUUCUCUUACGAGCCACCAGAAGAGAAUGAUGGGCCCCCAGGAGCCCUCGCUAUCGCAGCCAUGCUGCAGGCCUUGGAGAAAGAUGUUGCCAUAGUAACAGAUCAGAGAGCCAUGGAUCUGAAUAAAAAGAUUAUUGACGAUGCUGUUCAACUAGGAAUCCUGAAGAGACCUGUCCCUCUACUGAGUUAUCGAAGGGAAAAUGCUGAUUCAGCUUUGAUGUUUUUGUGUGAGAAUGGGAAUCCCGGAAGACCUAGAUUUGAUCACCUGAUAGCAAUAGAGCGUGCUGGAAUGGCUGCUGAUGGCAAUUACUACAAUGCCAGGAAAGUUAAUAUUAAACAUCUAGUGGAUCCCAUAGAUGACCUAUUUUUAGCUGCACAAACCAUUCCGGGAGUCACAACAACAGGUGUUGGAGAUGGAGGAAAUGAAUUAGGAAUGGGCAAAGUAAAAGAAGCUGUAAAGAAGCACAUAAAAAAUGGAGAUAUUAUAGCCUGUGAUGUUGAAGCUGAUUUUACUGUUGUAGCUGGUGUCUCUAACUGGGGAGGCUACGCCAUUGCAUGUGCUUUGUAUAUUCUCAGCACCUGUGAAAUACAUGAUCGCUACCUGAGGAAAGCUGUGGGGUUUCCACGAUUACUGAAGAUGGUCUGGCUACCUGCACUUCCAUCAGUUACAAAGGAAGAAAAGCUUCUGAAAGCACUUGUGCAGCACGGGGUCCGCAGUGGAAAAACUGCCAGUCUAGAAAUGGAAGUGGACGGGCUGCCCUUCUACGACACCCACUCGCUUAUGAUUGAGAAGCUGCUGCAAGAGGUGCAGCAGUAACUGCCCCGUAAGACUUCCAAAUCAGGAGUUGCUCCUACUUUCUUAUUUCCUAGGCUUUUUCUGAUCUUUUUUACCUUGUAAGAGAUGAGUCUCUGUCUCUUAAGUACUGGACUUUUCAUCUCUGGUGUCUUGCCCAUGCACAACCUGUUAUUAUUGCCCUUAUAAUAUUUUGGUGAAGCAGGAAGGAGAUAUCAUGAUGAUUUGGUCUACCUUUCUUUUCUGUAAUUUCAUAAUGGAUAUUAAAUGAUAUUAUAUACUAGGAGGUGAUCUGGCUUUUACAAAGAAAACUUCUCAUUAAAAUGAAAUAUGAUUGCAUUGCUGUUCCUGUUUUACUAACC